UGCCAUCUUUCCAUCCUAUGGAAUCUCUUCGUGUGUGACAGUGUGUGCUCUUAGCUUUCCAGUCUCUCCAGCCUGCAGGAUGUGUCCCCAGUGAGAGGAAGGCUCUUACAUAAUGGCAGUUUUUGACACUCCUGAGGAGGCCUUUGGCGUCUUACGCCCAGUCUGUGUUCAGCUUACAAAGACCCAGACAGUGGAGAAUGUGGAGCACCUGCAGACACAGUUGCAAGCUGUGAGUGACACUGCCCUCCAGGAACUUCAGCAGUACAUCCUCUUCCCCUUGCGGUUUACCCUGAAGACCCCAGGCCCCAAAAGAGAGCGCUUGAUCCAGAGUGUGGUGGAGUGCCUCACUUUCGUCCUCUCUUCAACAUGUGUGAAAGAGCAGGAACUCCUCCUAGAACUCUUCUCAGAACUUUCUACCUGUCUGUAUUCGCCCAAGUCCCAAAAACCCGCAGUUGUGUCCGAGGAAUUGAAAUUGGCUGUGAUCCGGAGCCUUAGCACCUUGAUGCAUUCAGCUUAUGGGGACAUCAUUCUAACUUUCUAUGAGCCCGCCAUCCUGCCUCGUUUAGGAUUCGCUGUAUCGUUACUGCUAGGCUUGGCAGAACAGGAGAAGUCAAAACAAAUUAAAAUGGCUGCCUUACAGUGUUUACAGGUUCUACUCCUUCAGUGUGAGUGUCAGGACCAUCCGAGGUCCUUGGAUGAGCUUGAGCAACAAGAGCUGGGGGAUUUGUUUGCUUCUUUCUUACCAGGAAUCUCAACUGCCCUGUCAAGGGUGAUCACAGGAGACUUUAAACAAGGUCACAGCAUUGUUGUCUCUUCUCUGAAAAUCUUUUCCAAGACUGUGGGCUUGGUCAUGGCUGACGAACAGCUCAGAAGAAUCUCAAAGGUCCAAGCAAAGCCUGCAGUUGAGCACAGAGUUGCAGAACUGAUGGUUCACAGGGAAGAAGUUUGGGUAAAAAAUACCAGCGAUAAGUUGGGAAUCCUUAUUAAGAAGAUAAUUGAGAGUGUGUCAGUUCACCCACAUUGGAAAGUGAGGCUGGAACUGGUAGACCUCGUGGAGAACCUUCUUUUGAAGUGCAGUCAGUCCCUGGUUGAAUCUGCUGGUCCCCUCCUGAAGGCUUUAGUGGGCCUAGUAAAUGAUGAGAGUCCUGAAGUCCAGGCCCAGUGCAGUAAAGUCCUGAGACAUUUUGCAGAUCAGAAAGUUGUGGUGGGCAACAGAGCCUUUGCUGACAUCUUGUCGGAGAGCCUGCACUCCCUGGCCACGUCUCUUCCCCGCUUAAUGAACUCCCAAGAUGAUCAGGGCACAUUUUCUACUCUCUCCUUAUUACUCGGGUAUCUGAAACUCUUGGGCCCCAAAAUAAACUUUGUUCUCAACUCUGCAGCCCAUCUCCAGCGCUUUUCCAGAGCACUCAUCCAAGUUCUAGAACUAGAUGUGGCUGAUGUCAAAAUCGUGGAAGAGCGGUGCUGGAACUCCAGUGAGCUAAGUGCUACUCCGGAGGCCCCUGCUGCACGACCAUGGAACCAGGUCCAGAGAAGAUAUUUCCGCUUCUUCACUGAUGAAAGAGUUUUCCUGCUCCUGCGACAGGUUUGUCAGCUCCUUGGCUAUUAUGGGAAUCUCUAUUUGCUCGUGGAUCACUUUAUGGAACUAUAUCAUGAAUCGAUGGUUUACCGGAAGCAAGCUGCCAUGAUUCUUAAUGAGCUGGUUAUAGGUGCUGCUGGGUUGCAGAUGGAAGAUCUUCAUGAAAAACAUACUGGAACAAACCUAGAGGAACUGCGAGAGAUUGUGACAUCUAUACUUGAAGAAUACACAAGCCAAGAAAACUGGUAUUUGGUUACCUGUAUUGAAGCUGAGGAGGAAGAAGAGCUGACAAUGAGGCAGUCAGGCCUGCAGGCCGUCGCAUCUGCUGCCCACACCUGCCAAGUUACUUCUUUUCCAGCCUUCUCAAAGCCAAGUCCCACUAUUUGUUCAAUGAACAGCAACAUCUGGCAAAUAUGCAUCCAGUUAGAAGGGAUUGGCCAGUUUGCUUACGCACUAGGAAAAGACUUCAAUUUACUCUUGAUGUCAGCCCUCUAUCCAGUACUGGAAAAGGCUGGAGACCAAACCCUGCUCAUUAGUCAGGUGGCCACCAGCACCAUGGUGAACAUUUGCCAUGCCUGUGGUUACAACUCCCUGCAGCAGCUCAUCAACCAAAAUUCCGACUAUCUCGUGAAUGGCAUCUCUUUAAAUCUGCGUCAUUUGGCACUACAUCCUCAUACCCCAAAGGUCUUAGAAGUUAUGCUGCGGAACUCAGAUGCUAGCCUACUUCCUUUGGUAGCAGAUGUAGUUCAAGAUGUCUUGGCCAGCCUGGACCAAUUUUAUGAUAAGAGAUCUGCUUCCUUUGUCAGCGUUCUGCAUGCCCUGUUGGCAGCAUUAGCCCAGUGGUUCCCAGACACAAGUUGUAUCGGGCAACUCCAAGAACAAAGGUUAAAGGAGGGAAAUCAUAUGCACCAAAUACCAGCAACUCUUGAGGCAAGCACUACAGCCGAAGACAUUGAACAGUUUGUACUGAAAUACCUCAAAGAAAAGGACGUGGCUGAGGGAAACAUCUCAGAUUUUGACAGUGAAGAAGAGGCGCCAUCAGUCCCUCCCGAAGCAGACAAGAAUGAUACCCGUCCUGAUGUGGAAGAACCACUGCCUGUACAGAUCCAAAUAGCCAAGGACGUGAUGGAGCGUUGUGUCCACUUGCUCUCAGAUAAAAACCUGAAAAUCCGCUUGAAGGUCCUGGAUGUGCUGGGUUUGUGUGUGGUAGUUCUGCAAUCCCACAAGAACCAGCUCCUGCCCUUGGCUCAUCGGGCCUGGCCCUCGCUUGUGCAGCGACUCACAAAUGAUGACCCACUGGCAGUGCUCAGAGCCUUCAAGGUUUUGCAGACGCUGGGAGGCACGUGUGGUGAUUUCCUACGCAGCCGGUUCUGCAAAGAUGUCCUACCAAAGCUGGCUGGCUCCUUAGCCACCCAGGCGCCUAUCAGUGCCAGGGCUGGACCAGUUUACUCACACACGCUGGCCUUCAAGCUGCAACUGGCCGUUUUGUGGGGCUUGGGACCCCUCUGUGAGAGCCUGGAUCUAGGUGAGGGUGACCUGAAUAAAGUGGCUGAUGCCUGCUUGAUUUACCUCAGCACCAAACAGCCCGUGAAAUUACAAGAGGCUGCCAGGAGCGUCUUCCUCCACCUGAUGAAAGUGGACCCUGACUCCACAUGGCUCCUCCUGAACCAGCUUUACUGCCCCCUGCAGUUCACACCUCCCCACCCCCGCCUCCACCCCGUGCGGCUACAGGGGGCCCCCACACAACAGAACCCCUACACUGCCAAUGUGUUCUACCUGCUCCAGAAGCUGGGGUGCCCAUCACAGGUAGACGCUGCGGCCUCCCCUCCCUGCCAGCCAGAAGCUCGGCCAAGCCACCCUGCUGACUCCGGGGCAGCAGCGCUGAGAAGACGGUGAAGGUGGAUCGAUGUGUAAAUUGAUCGAUCACACAACUGCUUAGAAAUUGGACUGAAGGAAAGUAGCUGACUGUUAUUUAUAUUUCAUACCUCAUGUUUUCAAAUGACAUUGUCUGGUGGCUCUAAGGGUUUUUAACUCCUUAGUCUGCUAUCUCCCCAGCCUCAUCUGCCUCACUGGCCACGCACGCGCGCACACACACACACAUACCUGAGUGCUCAAGGCCAGUGGGCUGAACAUCACAUCUAAGACCCUUGGGAACUCAGCCCUGCCCAAGCACCACCCCCCUCCCCCCAGUAAUGAGGUGGAACGAAUUUGUUGUAUCUAACUUGUUCUUUUGAAGGAAAGGAAGUAAAGGCGCUUCUUGGAUGAAAAGUA